UACAGCAUAAUCUACCAUACAGCACAUCGCGAUGUGUUAACUCUCUGCCUCAGAAAUCCCCACUAGCUCACCCGUGGAAAGACAUGAAGAGGGAAAUUGCAGCAGUUGUGUUCUUUCUGAAGAGAGUGAUAAAGAAAGCGGGAAAAGUGGAGGCAGAGAAAGUUGAGUUAUUUGUGGAACGGCUCAUGAAAGCACUGCAAGACAAGUACAGGGGGCAUUGGUACGACGAGAACCCCACCAAAGGUCAGGCAUUCAGGUGUAUGCGGAUAAACAGCGCACAGAGGGAGGAUCCGGACCUGAUGCGGGCGUGUGAGGAGAGCGGUGUACAGUACUCUGACCUGGGCCUGCCGCGCGAGCUCACCUUAUGGGUAGACCCAGGUGAAGUGAUGUGCCGAUACGGUGAGACGAGACCCGCUUUCACAAUUGCCAGCUUCUCUGGAGACGAGAGCGCAAACGAAGUGGACGUGACAAAAAAGGUGAUUACCGCUGUAGAGAACAUUAUCGCCAGGCAUCACCGUUGCCCCUCUGACAGAGAAGGCGGUGACAGAAGACAGAGGCACACUUCCAUACCCGUCAACACUCGCCGCACUUUCCAACUGGCUAAAAUUUGUGCUCCCUCCCGGUUAAGACAGCCUUUUUCUGGACCACUCCACAACGAGUCCGUUGUCAAAUUAAAUUUUCUCUGA